UUUUAAUUCUCUAUUACAUGGCUUCUCUCUCUGACCUUUGAUUCAUUCUCCACUACAGUCUAAAUCUAACAACAGCUAAACGAUGGAGGAACAUGAUCACCUUGCCCAUGAAAGAAACAAAGCAGAGUUCGAGGUCAACGACAUGAAGAUCGUCUGGGCCGGUUCCAGGCAAGCUUUUGAGGUUUCAAAUAGGAUGUCCCGCCUCGUCGCCAGUGAUCCGGUCUUUGAGAAAAGCAACAGAGCUGUAAUGACAAGGAAAGAGUUGUUCAAGAACACGUUGAGGAAAAGCGUUCAUGCUUGGAAGUUGAUCAACGAGCUUCCUCUCUCUGAUGAGGAGUCACUCAUGUUGAGAUCUUUCAUGGAUCAACCUGGCUUCAUGGAUCUUCAUUGGAGAAUGUUUGUGCCUGCAAUCAAAGGACAAGGGACAGAGGAACAGAAACAAAAGUGGUUGUCUCUUGCCAACAAGAUGCAGAUAAUCGGUUGUUACGCUCAAACUGAGCUUGGUCAUGGCUCUAACGUUCAAGGCCUUGAGACAACGGCUACUUUUGAUCCUCAGACAGACCAGUUUAUCAUGCACAGUCCAACUCAAACAUCAUCCAAAUGGUGGCCUGGUGGUUUGGGAAAAGUUUCUACUCAUGCUGUGGUUUAUGCUCGUCUUAUAACCAAUGGCAAAGACCAUGGUGUCCAUGGAUUCAUCGUGCAACUACGUAAUUUGGAUGAUCAUUCUCCUCUUCCUGGAAUAACCAUUGGUGAUAUAGGGGUGAAGUUUGGAAACGGAGCAUAUAACUCAAUGGACAAUGGUUUUCUUAUGUUUGAUAAGUUUUGUAUUCCUAGAGAUCAAAUGCUCAUGAGACUGGCAAAGGUGACAAGAGAAGGAAAAUAUGUACCAUCAGAUGUUCCAAGGCAACUGAUGUAUGGUACUAUGGUGUCUGUGAGACAGACUAUUGUGUCAAAUGCUUCCAUUGCCAUGGCGAGAGCAGUGUGCAUAGCUACAAGGUACAGUGCAGUGAGAAGGCAGUUUGGCUCACAGAAUGGUGGAAUUGAGACACAGGUGAUUGAUUAUAAAACUCAACAGAAUAGGUUGUUUCCUUUGUUAGCAUCUGCAUAUGCAUUUAGGUUUGUAGGAGAGUGGCUCAAAUGGUUAUACACUGAUGUAACACAAAGGCUAGAGGCUAGUGAUUUCGCAACGUUGCCUGAAGCUCAUGCGUGCACUGCAGGAUUGAAGUCUAUGACUACCUCAGCAACAUCUGAUGGUAUUGAAGAAUGUCGGAAGCUAUGUGGUGGACAUGGCUACUUGUGGUGCAGUGGCCUUCCUGAGCUGUUUGCUGUAUAUGUUCCUGCUUGCACAUAUGAGGGAGACAAUGUUGUGUUGCAAUUACAGGUUGCUAGAUUUUUGAUGAAGAUAGUUUCACAGUUGGGUUCUGGAAAGGCUCCUGCUGGAACAACUGCAUAUAUGGGCAGAGCAAAACAUCUUUUGCAAUGUCACUCAAGCAUUAGAAAGGCUGAGGAUUGGUUAAACCCUGCUAUGGUGUUGGAGGCUUUUGAAGCAAGGGCUUUGAGAAUGGCUGUUUCUUGUGCUAACAAUCUAAGCAAGUUUGAGAAUCAAGAACAAGGAUUCUCUGAACUAUUAGCUGAUCUUGUUGAGGCUGCUAUUGCACAUUGCCAGUUGAUUGUUGUCUCCAAGUUUAUAGACAAAAUAAACGGGGAGAUUAAAGGAAAAGGAGUGAAGAAUCAGCUCAAGAAUCUAUGCUACAUAUAUGCACUCCAUCUCAUUCACAAACACCUUGGGGAUUUUCUAAGCACAAACACCAUCACUUCUGAACAAGCUUCACUCGCUAGCCAGCAGCUUCGGUCACUCUACUCUCAGCUUCGACCAAAUGCAAUCGCUCUCGUGGACGCAUUUGACUACACGGACCACUAUCUUGGCUCUGUGCUGGGCCGCUAUGAUGGAAACGUUUACCCAAAGCUGUUUGAGGAAGCAUUGAAAGAUCCACUCAAUGACUCGGUGGUCCCUGAUGGCUACCAUGAAUACAUACGACCGUUGAUUAAGCAGCACCUCCGCUCAGCUAGACUCUAAGUCCUGAGCUAUGAGGUUAUUUGGAAUUUUAACAAGUCUUUUCUUUUUGUGGCUGAAAAGGGACAGCAUUAUUUUGGUUCUUUAAGAUUUUAUUCACGUUUUUUAAAUGUAAAAUAAGUACCUUAAGUUAGUUGAGGAAUAUAACAAUAUUAAAAGUUUGUGUGAGA